UUCUAUAUUAGAUCUAGAAUCUAGAUUAUAUCUAGACCCUAGUUAGUAGGAUUUUCUGUCUGGGUGUAGGCCUAUUUUAUUUAGACAAUAUCACGUCACAUGCCACAGUGUGUCUUCAAUCUUGUUCAUCAUGUUUUCGAGGCGAUUCCCUAGACCUGAUCAGACCACAAAUGAAAAUAGUUCUGGCGAAUUAAAAAAUAUAAAUCCAACUCAAGAUGAGGUGGCCAAGGCCAACCCUGCCGCUGGUGGUGGAAAAGGCAAAAAAAAGAAGAAGGAGGGGAAGAUGGUGAAGAUGAGCCUUGACCAGUUCUUGGCUGUAGACGAUGGCUUUUCGGCCCCCAAGAGCCAGAAUUGGGCAGUUCUCACUGAGAACGCGGAAGAUGAUGCUGAUGCAGCUCCCUUCAAGUUCGAUCGUUCCACCCUGCCCACUGCGCCCAAGGCUGCCAUGGGCCCCAAUGUGGAUCUGUCACUGAUUCCCAAAGAUGGACCGUUCUCUGCAUAUGUCGGCAACUUGUCCUAUGAUGCCAAGGAAGAAGAUUUAGAAGCUUUCUUUUCAAAGCUGGAGAUGGCAGCAGCUUCGGAUCGAGAGAUUCUGACAGAGGUGGUCGCUAUGGUGAUCGCGAUAGAGGUGGUUUCUCUGACAGAAGCUAUGGCGACAGGGACCGGGGCUUCGGCGAUCGAGAUAGGGGCUUCGGCGGUGACCGGGACAGGGGAGGCGGUUUUGGAGAUAGAGAUCGCGGGUUUGACAGAGACAGAGGAUUUGGUGGUGACAGAGAUCGUGGUUCCUUUGGCGAUCGGGACAGAGGGUAUGGCGGAGAUCGUGAUCGUGGUUUUGGUGAUCGGGACCGUGGUUUUGGUGGUGACCGGGAUCGUGGUUUUGGUGGAGACAGAGACCGUGGCUUUGACCGAGAUAGAGGCUUCGGUGGCGACAGGGACAGAGGCUUUGGUGGCGACAGAGAUAGAGGCUACGGUGGAGACAGAGAUAGAGGCUACGGUGAUCGCGAUCGCUAUAGCAACGAUAGGGGUUAUGAUGGUCGUGACAGAGGUGGCUACGGCGACAGUCGAGGGGGAGACCGAUCGAGAGGUUACGGCUUCAAUCGGGACCGUGAAGACGGGGGCCGAUUUGGUGGUUCUGGUGGAGGUUUUGAUGACAGAUACGGAGGUGGAAGACGCGACGAUUACAACAGAGGACGUCGGGAUGAUGGAUUUGAUCGCAGACCUGCAAGCCGGGAUGGCAGCCAAGAGCGCAGGGAUGCACCGACAGAGCGGCCACGGCUAAAGCUUCAGCCUCGCUCCAAACCUGUGGAGAAAGAGAACCAGCCGAGCACUCGCUCGUCCAUUUUUGGCGCGGCCAAACCCGUUGAUACGUAUGCUCGGGAGAAACAGAUUGAGGAAAAACUCAAAGGCAAGGAUGACGUUGGACCCCGAUCCAGACGUGCAGAUAACGAAAGCUCUGGUGGAGACAGGCGCAGCAGUGGAGACCGCUCAGCCCCAGUGUCUCGCAGAGACAGCGAGCAUUCUCGCACCUCAGAUGACCAGGGGGAGGAGGGAGCCCGGUCCCCGACCAGCGGCAAGUCAGCUGAUCCUGCCCAAAAGAUGGUGCCUGCCCCACCGCCGAAGGAUAACCCAUGGGGGAGGAAGCGCGAGGGGCCGUCCGACGCUUCGAAUAACGCCGCUCCAGUCUCGCCGACGUCACAAUCAGCUGACAGGGCCCCGCCCCCUGACCGCAGAGAUGCUCCGCCCCCUAAGUCAAAUGCUUGGGGCCGCGGCCCUCCUGCCCGCUCGGAUGGUGACCGUCGAGGUUCUAGUGACAGAGCUAAUGGAGGCCGAGACGCUCAGUCCCCCGGGGAGAGCCUGUCGGAUGACCCGCCCUCCAGCGGGCCCCACAGUCCCCCACAAGAUGGCAGACGACAGGAGAACUCUAGAGCAAAACCUGCAAGAGAGAAGCAAGUGCCCAAGCAUUAUGAGGAAAUGCCCAAGUACGAGGAAAACAAGUCUGCUGACUUUACGGAUCGCAACAAAUUUGCAUUCUUGCCCGAUGAGGAUAACGAGGGUGCCCGCAGCGAUGAGGGAGAGGGUGUGGCUUCAUGAUGGUCGCCGCUUAGACGAGAAUGAGAGAGGAAGACAGAAGAAGAUAGGAUGAAUAAUUGUGUUAGUAUAUAUGUAAAUCAACUGUUGAUGCCUGUUCAGUUACAGGCUGCUUGUGUGUGUGUGAGAGUGAGUGUGAGAGAGAGAAAGAAAGAAAAAGAGAGAGAGAUGGAACAGAA